AUGAUAAUAGCAGGUGACCUAAAUGCAAAACAUGGAGCAUGGAACAGUCGAAAAAACGACCAGGUAGGUAAAACACUCAACGAAUACCUCAGCUCUAGAAUCGACACAACAGUAGCUGUCCCAUCUACACCAACAAGAUAUCCCACUGACAUCAAUUAUUCUCCUGAUUUUCUAUAUAUAGCUAUUAUGAAAACAGGAAAUAUAGGAUAUAUUAUCGAAAACCUCAAUGAUGAAUUGUUUUCUGACCAUACCCCAAUACUGUUAGUCAUAUCUAUAAGCUCAGCUCACACCUAUCCACCCAAACCACAGUACAUAACAAACUGGAAACUAUUUGAAAAGGAAAUGGAAAAUUUAUCAUUUCCAUUGCCAAAAAUGUCUUCAAAAAUUCAGAUCAGUAACGUAAUUAACCAUCUAUCAUCACAGAGAAGCUGGAAAAAAGGUCAUUCAUCUCAAGAUAGGAAAAAUGAUUUACCAAAUUUCAUUCAAAACCACAUCAGGAAAAAAAGGAAACUGAGAGCUGCCUGGCAAAGGAACAGAGACCCAGAUAUAAAAAAAUCCCUCAACAAACAAACAUCACUAGUAAGAGAGUUACUUCACUUACACAUGGAUAAUGAAUGGACAUGGUUAAUGGACUCAAUAGACAACAACGAUGAAGGCUGA